GACAUAAGUCAUUUAGAGCACAUUAUAGCUACUAGUAGAUUCUGUAGUGUGUGAGGUGUAUAAUAUCCACCACAACUAUAAUUAUAUCAACAAUUCCUAAAAAGGUUACAAACCCUCUGCCAACUAAUGAAAACCUGGCUGUAAUAGAUACAUCUAAUUAUUAUUGCAGAAAAACUUACUAUAGCUAUAUACCUAUAAACUAUAAAGUAACAUGGAGUCAGUGUCAUAUUUUUUCAUCAGUAGUUUUUGUUUGAUCCUAUGUGCCUGUUUUGGCGCUAAUGGCCAAGAAAAAGUUGUACCACCAGAAGAAAAUGUACAAUGUGUGAUCUCUGAUGAGCUGGAGAGUUUGAGGUAUCGCGUGUACUCUGAACUGUCGGAGAGCAAGAAGGAGAUGGACUCACUGAGGAAUGACCUGCAGUACUGGAAAAAUGAGACUUUGACUAUCCUUAGAAAAUAUCUGAUCAUCAAAGAAAAUUCGGAGUCUGACCAAUCAACGUGUGAUCUCACCACUGUCAAUGAGAAGUUGGCUAGCUUGCAGCUGCAACCUAGUACCCGCAAUACCACCACUGAAGAAAUCAUUGAUCAAGUGAGGGCAGUGAUGGAGAGCUACAAAAAAGCCCAGUCCCAUGAACUACGUGAGAUCAUCUCAGAGAUGAGCAGUGGUCGUUUGCCCCUCGGCACAUUUCUCAACCCGGCACCGUCCUGUAAACAUCUGCCUGAAGGCAGCUCCUCUGGAAACUACUGGAUCCAGAAUGCUGGUACCGGCUAUGCUAGUCUGGAGUACUGUGACAUGAGCAGGAGGUGCUGCAACAGUACUGGUGGGUGGAUGAGAGUGGCCCACCUCGACAUGACCGACCCCACUCACCACUGUCCCGCUGGAUUUAGGAAAAUUGGGUCUCCAAGGAGGACAUGCGGACGAUCUAAUUCUGGUAGUGGUUGUCACUCCACAACUUAUUCUGUGGAUGGGAUAUCAUAUUCACGAGUGUGUGGUAAGAUUAAGGCCUAUCAGUACAGCACUCCAGAUGCUUUCCAUUCGUAUUACAUCAAUCGAGCACGAACCAUUGAUGAUGUGUAUGUUGAUGGAGUCAGUCUAACCCACGGUCAAAAUCCUCGCAAACACAUCUGGACAUUUGCUAAUGCAGUAGAUGAAGUCCAUAGCAAUGAAUGGGUUUGUCCCUGUACAAAGACUAACACUCCUUACACUGGUGUUGUACCACCUUUUAUUGGCAACGACUAUUUCUGUGACACCGGAAGCCGAUACAAUUAUGCACAUCACCAGUUCUACAGCGAGGACCCACUAUGGGACGGAGCUGGAUGUGGUGGUACCAGUAUCUGCUGUGAGUUCAAUAAUCCUCCGUGGUUUUGUAAACAGCUGUCACAACCUACUACUGAUGAUAUCGAGUUGAGGCUUUGUGCUGAUGAAAAAUGGACCAUUGAUGACUGUACUAUUGAGCAGGUCGAAAUUUUUGUUCAAUAACAAUUAUUAUUGAAACACUAUAAUUAUAGUUAUAGUUACCAGUAAUGCAUGAGAUUAUUGUUAUAGAGAGUGUGUGUUUGAACAGAACUGUUAUCAUUA